AUGUUUGAGAUUAGGAUACGAUCCAAACGAUCUCAUCUAUAAGUCUAUUCCAAAUUCUAUCUUUUUAGAUCCAUUGAGUAGUUUCCAUCGGUCUCGCCGGAAGUCCAAAUGAUGAAAUACAAUCAUUAUAAAAAUAGGAUGAUGAGGAUCAUUAAUGAAAUAUAGGCAACGAAACAAAGACACAAAUUAGGAGAUCAAUCUCUUAAGUAAAUUUCUUUCAAUCAAUAAGAGAACAAUUUCUCAAAUCUCAGUGAAGAGAGUGUUAUGAUUGAGGAGAAAAAGGAGAAAAAGAGUUUAUCGAGAUAAAAAAUACUGCACAAUCUAAUUUAUUAAUAAUUGCAGGAGGAAAAAAGGAAUGUGGAGUAUUUGUAGAAACAAAAUUCAAAAUUACAGCACCAUUAAAAUCUUUAAUAACGAAAAAGCGAAACUAGUUUUACAAAAAAGAAGGAAAGAGAAAGUAAUAAAAAUAAAUCAAGUGAGGAGGUGGAUGAAUUAGAGAGAAGGAAUCAAUACUUUAUUACAUGCGUUGAAAAUGAAUCCAGGAUCCAAGAAUAAUUGUAAGGCAGAUUUUUAAAAAAGAAUUUUAAGCAUGAUAAUUAUACUGAAAGAGCACAUGAGAAAAAGAAACAACAAGAGACUUUAUUUCAGUAAACUAUUACUGAAAGAUUGAAUAAAUUGUAAUUAAAAGAAACCUAGGCUUAAACAAAGGUGGAAUUAUACAAAAAAGAUAUGAAAAACUAUUUUGCCUUAAAAAAUAGUCAGAUCAUCAAUAAAUAAGAAAAAAGGUCUUAAUUACUUGAAUUUGAGCAAUAGCAAUACAUUAAAGAAUAAUGUGAAAAAAUGAAAAAGUUCUAAGAAACAAAAUCCUAAUUGAUUUUAGAUGAGAAAAAGAAAUUUAAGGAGAGAAAAGAGAAGUAUAACAAAAUGCUAAGAAAAUGUUAAGAAAGCAAUUUUGAAUAAUCAAAUAAACAUUAAGAAGGGUUCAGCAAUACUUAUUAACAAUUACUUUAGAAACAAGAAUAGGUGCUUUUAAAUAAAGAAAGGUUCUUAGAGUAGAAAUCUCUUGUGCUCAAAGAUAAAUUAUAAUUGAAUUUCGAAGAUGUUGAGUUUAAUAGAGCUCAUGCUUAGAGGAUUAAAUUAAAUACAUAAGUUAAAAUAAAUGGAAAUAAGGAUACCAAGUCACAAAUAUCAAGUCGGACAUCUGAUACUUGGAGAAUGAAAACUUAAUUGACUUAAAAAGAAUCGGAAAACUCAUUAUGGGAAAAAGCCAAGUAGGCAGCCUCUUUGUUUAAGGAUCCAAUUCAAUAUGAGCAAUAUGUUGAACAAUAAUAAAUGAUUUUGUUAAAAAAAAAAAAGUCGUUAGAUAAAAAGUUCGCUACAGCUGCUUCAAUAAUAAAGGAAAUAUUACCUUAGCAUGAAGCAGAGAAAUUACUUAUGCCAACAGGGUUGAAAAAUUUUAUAGAGCAAUAAAGUCGUAUCAAAACAUAAAAAUGA